CCUUGAAACAAGCUUUAAUUCCUUAAAUUUAUAUUUCUUUAAUUUGAGAUAGAAGCAGAUGUCAGAAAAGAGUGAAGUUAUAGAAUGGUCCCGAUACGCAAAAUAUUAUGAUCCAAUCAAAAUUGGCUCAAUUGAUGGGACUGAUGUUGAGCCUCAUGAUAAAGCCAUAGAAAGAGCAAUAAAUUCCGAAUACAAACCAAACAGACACAUAAAAGGGAAACCACAAAAUACCAUUUUCGUAAGCCGUUUAAGCCACAAAACAACUAAAGAAACCAUACAGGAGGUAUUUUCAAAGUAUGGAAGAAUAAGGCGUUUUAGAUUGGUCAAAGAUAUAGUGACGGGUAUUCCAAAAGGUUAUGCCUUUGUGGAAUAUGAAUCGGAAGCUGAUGCAGAAGAAGCAUAUAAGAAUGCCAAUAGAAUUGUUGUGGAUGGGAACUUUAUUUUCGUUGAUUUUGAGUGUGAGAGGUUGCUGAAAGGUUGGAAACCUCGGAGGUUGGGUGGAGGUUUUGGAGGUAAGAAGGAAUCUGGGCAGCUGAGGUUUGGGGGAAGGGAUAGACCCUUUAAAAAACCCAUAGCUCUUGAGAUUAGAGAGAAUGAAGAAAAUUCAAAAAGAAAACGUCGUGAUUAAUUAGGA